UGCUCCGUUCUGGUUAAAUGGUGUACGACAAGUAGCGCCGGGGGCGUUGAUUCUGCUGUCAGUAGACGGUUCGUUCAUCAUUUCAGAAUUUUUGUAGCUAUUCAGUAACAAUGACUGAUUCGAAGUAUUUUACAACAACGAAGAAAGGUGAAAUCUUCGAGCUGAAAUCUGAGUUAAACAAUGAUAAAAAAGAAAAGAAGAAAGAAGCAGUCAAAAAGGUGAUUGCUUCGAUGACGGUAGGAAAAGAUGUCUCCGCGCUUUUUCCUGAUGUUGUAAACUGCAUGCAGACGGAUAACCUGGAAUUGAAGAAGCUGGUAUACUUGUACCUGAUGAACUAUGCUAAAAGUCAACCCGACAUGGCGAUCAUGGCUGUCAACACCUUUGUUAAGGAGCUAGCGACAUCUCCGAUGACAAAGGACUGUGAGGACCCGAACCCCCUGAUCCGAGCUUUGGCUGUACGCACCAUGGGCUGCAUUCGAGUGGAUAAGAUUACUGAAUACCUCUGCGAACCUCUUCGAAAGUGUUUGAAAGACGAGGAUCCGUACGUACGCAAGACAGCUGCUGUUUGCGUCGCCAAGCUGUAUGACAUUAAUGCAGCACUUGUUGAAGAUCAAGGAUUUCUGGAUCAACUGAAGGAUCUUUUAUCGGACAGCAAUCCUAUGGUUGUUGCAAAUGCUGUUGCGGCGCUAUCUGAGAUAAAUGAAGCAAGCCCCAGUGGACAGCCGUUGGUAGAGAUGAAUGCGCAGACCAUCAAUAAGCUGCUUACAGCCUUGAACGAAUGUACGGAAUGGGGACAAGUUUUCAUUCUUGAUUCACUAGCCAACUAUUCUCCAAAAGACGAUCGUGAGGCACAGAGUAUCUGCGAACGGAUCACGCCACGUCUCGCCCAUGCAAACGCAGCAGUAGUUCUGUCUGCUGUCAAGGUUCUGAUGAAGCUUAUGGAAAUGCUGCAAUCAGAGUCUGACUUCGUUGGUACGCUGACUAAAAAAUUAGCACCACCAUUAGUUACCCUUCUUAGUUCCGAGCCUGAAGUUCAAUAUGUAGCUUUAAGGAAUAUCAAUCUGAUCGUCCAGAAAAGGCCAGAUAUAUUGAAACAUGAAAUGAAGGUAUUUUUUGUCAAGUACAACGAUCCCAUCUAUGUGAAACUUGAAAAAUUAGAUAUCAUGAUCAGAUUGGCCUCUCAAGCAAACAUUGCUCAAGUUCUAUCCGAGUUGAAAGAAUAUGCUACUGAAGUUGACGUAGAUUUCGUCAGGAAAGCAGUUAGAGCCAUUGGACGUUGCGCCAUCAAAGUUGAACCUUCUGCUGAACGCUGCGUAUCUACCUUACUGGAUUUAAUUCAAACAAAAGUCAAUUACGUGGUCCAAGAAGCAAUUGUUGUCAUCAAGGACAUAUUCCGAAAAUAUCCCAACAAAUACGAGAGUAUAAUAUCAACCCUGUGUGAAAAUUUGGACACUCUAGACGAGCCGGAAGCAAGAGCGUCAAUGAUCUGGAUAAUAGGCGAAUACGCGGAGAGAAUCGAUAAUGCCGAUGAAUUACUAGAGAGUUUCCUAGAAGGAUUUCACGAUGAAAAUACGCAGGUACAAUUGCAGCUGCUCACAGCGAUUGUAAAAUUAUUCCUGAAACGGCCCACCGACACUCAAGAGCUGGUACAGCAAGUACUCAGUCUUGCUACUCAAGACUCCGACAAUCCUGAUCUUCGAGACCGUGGCUUCAUUUACUGGAGAUUACUUAGUACAGAUCCAGCAGCUGCCAAGGAAGUCGUAUUAGCGGAGAAGCCACUGAUUUCCGAAGAAACUGACCUUUUGGAACCCGCGCUUCUAGAUGAACUAAUUUGUCACAUAUCCAGUCUAGCCUCUGUUUAUCACAAACCACCAACAGCCUUUGUGGAGGGAAGAGCUGCUGGUGCCAGAAAAUCACUUCCAGCUAGGAGCAACUCCAACGAAGAUACUGUACAGCGAGUUCCGCAGCCACAGUCACAAGUUAUACCUGCUCAGGAUUCGCUGAUCGGAGAUCUCCUCAGCAUGGACAUUGGUGGUCCAAGCGUUGUAACACCUGCACCAACGUCGCAAUCUGGAUUGGGCUUAGAUCUGUUGGGAGGGGGACUUGAUGGUAUUUUAGGUUCUAAUGACCCUAUCAGCGCACCCGCCAUAUCUCAAACCACCACUGGCCUUUUGGGCGAUAUAUUUGGAUUCAGUCAGGCACCAACGUCCUAUAUACCACCUAAAGUGAAUUGGCUGCCAGCUGAGAAAGGAAAGGGAUUCGAUGUUUGGGGGACGUUUUCGAGAAAGAACGGACAAAUCAGUAUGGAUAUGACAUUCUCUAAUAAAGCAAUGCAGCCCAUGGGAGGAUUUGCAAUUCAACUAAACAAAAACAGCUUUGGUUUAACGCCAGCUGCACCAUUGCAAGUCGGUGGUCCUCUUAACCCGGGUGCUAGUAUUGAAACAAGCGUUAUCCUGUCAACGGCUGGUGCUGUGCAGCGUAUGGAUCCUUUGAAUGAUCUGCAAGUUGCGAUGAAGAAUAACAUUGGCAUCUUCUAUUUUGCUUGUCUUGUACCAAUGAACGUGUUCUUCACUGAAGAUGGACAGUUGGAUAAAAGAAUUUUCUUAUCCACUUGGAAAGAUAUUCCAGCUCAAAAUGAGGUACAAUACACGUUGACUGGAGUUAUGCUCACUGCUGAUCAGGUAGUACAGAAGAUGCAACAAAAUAACGUGUUUACAAUAGCCAAAAGAAACGUUGAAGGGCAAGAUAUGCUUUAUCAAUCCCUCAAGCUGACCAAUAACGUCUGGGUUCUUAACGAACUCAAAAUCCAACCAGGCAACCCUAAUGUCACACUGUCACUAAAGUCACGAUCUGUGGAGGUGGCGUCAGGAGUCUUUGCCGCUUAUGAUGCGAUUCUGCAUUCGUGAAUAACACCAUCAUUCCCGACCCAAGAACUUAGAAAUAUGAAUCUUAUUGCUAAUUAUUAAAUUAAUUAUAAUGAAUGCGUUGUCCAGAUUUCUCUUGAAAUUGUUUACAUUUUUAAAACCUUGUACAUGUUAUGAUUGAGUUAAAAUGUUACACUAAAUUAUGCAACCUAUUUCAGCUCACAUUCGAAAAGGAAAUACGAAAUUCCACGAGACAUCAUUUGUUUGAAACAAUAUACUCUCACUGAAAUCUGCUACGAACACAAGUGAUAGUGUAUAAUAUUGAAACAAAUCGUGUUAAACAUAAUUGUUUUCGAGUAGCCGCAAACAUAUUUAAAUUGUGUGCUCCAUGAUGUAUAAAUAAUAAAAUGAAGAAAUAUGAUAUACAUAUAAA